GUCUGAAGAAAUUUGGUCUACUAAGUCCGGUAUUCUUGUUUGGCUAUCAGUAAAAGGCGAGUGCAGAGCUGAGGUUGUCCUCAGAGAAGUCUGAAGUUCAUCAUGGCGAUGAUGGAAUGUAUUAAAAAUUGCUGCAAGAAUUUUCUGAACAAGGAGAAAGAACCAGAACUUCAAAUCGUCACCAUUCCAACCCUUUCACCAGCACCAGAAGUAGAAGUUCGAAAAAGCGCGUUGGGCGUCUCGGAGGAUUACCUUCUCUCCAAACUGCCUCCUGAUGGUAGAGAAGUGCCAUUUGUGCUCCCUUUAUUCAAACCCUCCUAUGUACAGCCGCAAGGUCUCCGGUACCCCACCUACCAGGGUGGACUACAUGACUCCUCUCCUUCAAAUUCAGCAAGAGUCACAUAUGAAGAGAGGAAAGCGGAGCUUGCUGCUGCAUCAGACAUGGUAUACGACCCUACUAUGUCUUUUCAUCAGAGUCACUUGAUCAGCUACAUCUCCCCAGGAGCCAUUAAAGGGCCCUUUCUGAAAGGCAACUAUUCAUCAGCCUUGGACCAGAGCGCGAAGCAGAGACUCCGUGCGUCAAUGAUGGAUCUGUCCAGUCCUCACAGCCCCAUUCAGCGCCACGACUCACUGACAAGUGUCCCAAGCAGUACAUCCUCCAUACAGGAUUCUUUUGGGAGCAACCGGAGCAUUGAGUCGAGCACAGUGUCGAGUGAGGACAGGGAGCAGGAUUUGGGGAAAGUGUGUGUAAUACUGAGGUAUCAGGAGGAUGUGGAGCAGGUGUGGAUCACAGUGGUGGAGUGUAAGGAUCUGUGUUUGAGCUCGGAGAGUGCUAAACAACAGCGGGUCGGCUUUAAAGGGGUCAUCACCAUGGCAAAGCCUGUGCAGUUUAAGACUUCAGUAAAGGAAGCGACACCAGAUCUGCUUUUCAUGGAGACCUUUGUAUUCACUCUUAACCUGGAGCAACUGCGCAGUUCUGCACUGGUACUGCGACUGCAGACACACACCCCUCGCAAACACACACAGGGAGAGUGUAUGAUAUCCCUUCGAACACUCGGACCGCAGGAAACCCAACACUGGCUGGACCUAAGCCCACCCUGCAAAACACACGUUUGUCAUGCCGAGCUCCAGCUAUCCACAUGCUUUCAACCAGUCAGCAGCCGAAUUCAGCUGCAGAUCCUCACCGCUCAAAACUUACCAACAUCAUCCUCACUCCGCACUCAGAGGUUCUAUGUAAAAGUGGAGAUGUUUAGGGAGGGAUGCUUUCUGCUGAAGAAGAAGACAAAGAUUGUGAAGUCAUCUGGAAAUCAGGUGCAGUGGGGCGAGUUCAUGUUUCUGCCAAUCAGCAUACAGGACCAUGAGAUCCAGCUGGUCGUUAGACUCUACAGUUGUGGAUCUAUACGCAGAAAGUACCUGCUCGGACAGGUCAUGCUGGGUUUUAACAGCCCUUCAGCAGACGCUGUGGAACAGUGGAGAGACUCCGUUAAACACCCAGAAAAAGUUGUGACUGCCUGGCACAGACUGAGCCACUCCUGAGAAAAAGAGUCAUUAUAGAAAGACAAACAGGUGGACUAGGUGUUUACCUUACACUGGACACAGGACUUAAACACCACAUAGUACAGGUGUAUUUAUGAAGUCAUGGACCUCUUAUGUUUUUGUCUGUGGUAUUUAGAGAAUUAGCAUACAAUUAUUUUUUACAAAUAUGAAUGUUUUAUUUCAUGCAGUAGCAUUUUACAGAGUCACCAUUAGGAGCCAACUGGGCAUAUAUAUUAGGAUAUUAUUGGCUAUGUCUGAGGGAAAGGAUGGCCAAAGUCCUGUGAUAGAUUGUCUGGGGUGUGUUACUGCAUUGCGCCCACUGAUUGAGGAAACCAGACCCACCACAAUCCUGACCAGGAUAAAGCAGUGGUAAGAAAUUUUCAUCAGCCGCUCUAUGCCAAUGCCAAUCCACCAUAGGGCCUUGGUCACACCACCUCUUCCUCAGACAUAGCCAAUCAUUUCUGUAUAGAUGCCUGGCUGUUCAAUGAGUAGCGUAACAGAACACUGCACUAACAAAGCUUCUAGAAAGUCUUUAAUGUUGUUUUACUGACAUUUUAGUGUCUGUUUAAAGUCUCCAACCAGGGUUAGUUUGAAGUGCAUGUGUCUAGAACCUUGUGAACUAAGAUUAGUCAUAACUAAAAUAUUGUUUUAAUAUAAGUAAACACAGUCUCUGCUCUUUGAAGAUCAAAAAAUCUAUUAAAAACAUCUGGAAAUGUUCUUUAAUCCAGCUUUUUGUGUGGAAAUCAUCAUUUUACCCCGUUCGGCAUGGUUUUCGAUCACCACUAUGUACAGUAUGUGCAUGUGACAGGUGGGUUUGGUUAAGCUCAAGGCUGCAACAGAGGGGAGGAGAUUGGGGGAUGAAGUCGAGAGUUAAUUAGGGGUUAACUAAAAACCUGCUGUUUUUGUUUAUUUGUGUAUU